AUGUUUCAAGACGCCUCCGAGUCUUAUGAUCCUCGCUCCCUGGUGGAUGAACGAAUUCAGCCUUGGCGCAAGUGGUGGCCGUACAAGCCUCACAAUGGAGAUAAAACGACCAGUCCGGUGGUUGUAGACAGCACAGGCGAGGCGCCUUGGAUCAAGUGGGAAUUCGACAACGAUCGUCCAUGGGAGAAACCGUGGAUCUACUGGCCUCUUAGCUGGUCGUCCAAGUACUAUGGUCAUGCACAUGUAGAGCCAGAAGUGACCCACGAUCCCGAAUUCAUCGAGAAGUGUUUGCAGCAGCAAUCUCCGCAUCCACUCUCUGCGUUCCGUCCCUUACGAACGACCUCGUUCGUCCAGUUUUUCAAGGCGAAACCAGGCCACGAGGAGGAGAAGCCAUAUGCUCUCCGCGUUCCUGUUUCUGGAGAGAGCCAGCUGCAGUCCAACUUCGAGGGAGCCUGGUCUCAGAUCAUGCUGACGGAUGUUCGGGGCCACGAAGAUUUAUUUUCACUCGAUAAUGAUGGAUUUGCAUGGUUUCAUCAUGCCUGUCAGGUCGACGUCCUGGAUCGGUUUUUUGAUAUCCAUCAGUACAUGCGGGAGAUGUCGGACUUCAUGUGCCGGCAAUUUAAUGCCCAAGAAGUAUUCAUAUACGAUUAUGUUCGACGAAGCCCGCACCCAGAAGACAGGAAAUCUGGCUUCAGCGACAUUACUCGAAGAAUUCAUUGCGACCAAUCCCCACGUUCCGCAAUCGGACGAAUCAAGCUCCACAUGGGUGACCAUGCAGAAGAGCUGCUGAAGCAUCGCUGCAGGAUUUUCAGUCUCUGGAGACCUAUGUUGACCGUAAUCGAGUCUUACCCACUGACGGCUUGCACAUAUACCUCGACAGUCAGCGGCGAUAUCGUGCCCAUCGACGUGAUAUAUCCCCAUUACGCAGAAGAGUCAUUUGAAAUCCGCCACUCUUUGGCCCACCAAUGGUUCUGGAAAUCUGCGAUGACGCAUGAGGACAUCAUGCUAAUCAAGCUCUUUGACAACAAAAUGGAUCCAAACACCGCGUUCUAUGCACCGCAUGGAAGCUGGAGAGACCCCAAUGCGCGGAAGGACGCCCAGUCCAGAAGAAGCAUCGAGCUCCGGUGCAUGAUUUUCGGUGGAGACUGA